CUGCGCCCACUCGCCCACCAUGGCUCCUCGCUCCGUGUCUGCUGAAAGCAGGUGACCCUCCCUGGACGGGUGAAGCGGGUUUGGGGUAGGGGGCAGCCCCAGGGCCGGGAGGGGUGGCACAUGGAGAAAAGACAAGGGGGAGGGUCCCUUUAAGCCGGUCCCGGACACUCCCUUCCUCCCAGCCGGCCCUCGCCCUCCCCCGCAGCUCCGGCGCUGGCGAGCGGCUGGUGCGGGACGGAGGGUCCCGGGAGGAGCCGCGGCCCCGGGGAAGGAGACGCGGGGCUGGGGCAGAGCCGAGAGCGGGCUGGGCUGGGCUGGGCCCGGGGCAAUCCCAGCCGGCGCGGAGCUGAGACGGGGAAGCCGAGCCCCCGCCAGCAGGGCGCGGACCGGUUCCAAGCGCCGCCCGCGGGCGCAGGGCGCUUUGGCGAGCCGGGCGCUGGGGGCGCGGGUCCGGGGACGGCGCAUGGGGGGCUCCUGCUGGCCGGCGCCCCGGGCUAGGGGAAGGGUAGUGCAGCAGGCGGCGAGCGGAGCGGGAUCGUGCCCACGGGAGCGCCCCGGGGGAGCCCGGCUGCAGCCUCGGGGCCAGCAGGAGGCCAGGCUGUAGCUGCAGAGAUGUUGGUGUCCUGGAUCCCGGUGCCCAUGCUGAGGCUCCAGGCAGCAGGGAUUCCAGCUCCUCGGCCCAGAGGCUGCGCUAGCUGAAGGCUUGGCAGAUAAAGCUGCCGAGAUUGGGAGCGUCGAGGACCCCCCCUUGCGGAUCAGGGCCGUCUGCCGUGCAAACCAGGCCCGGUGUGGGAGGCGCAUGGAGGCUGGAGAAGCGCCUCUGCCCAGCAAACACCCCAUGGAGCAGCAGUGCCGCCCAGAGCUCAGGCGAGAGACGACAGCACCCCCCGUCUUGGCACAGGUGGUACCGCUGCUCUUGCUGCUAGCACUGCCCGCCAGUGCCCUUCCUGUGCCCACCCCGGUGGAUGACAGCGGGGAGGUUGUGGCCUGGCUGACGCAGUAUGGCUACCUCCCCCCCGCCGAUCCCGUCACCGGCCAGCUCCAGACUUGGGAAGCUCUGACCAGUGCCAUCCGCGUGAUGCAGCGUUUCGCAGGCGUCCCCGAGACUGGGAUCCCAGACGAUGCCACGCUGGCCCUGAUCCGGACGCCACGCUGCUCGUUGCCUGACGUGCUCCCGGAAAAGCUGCUCGAGAGGAAGAACGGGAGGCCGUGGCGGAAGAGGAGGGAAAGUCGGGGCAGGCGGAGCGCAGGCCUGGCUUGGACCAAGAGGAACAUCUCCUGGAAGGUGAAGACGUACCCGCGGGAGGCACGGCUCAGCCGGGAGACCAUCCGCGCGCUCACGCACUACGCGCUGAAGGUGUGGAGCGAGGCCGCCCCGCUCACCUUCCACGAGGUGGGUGGAUCCGGCGCCGACGUCUCGGUGGAGUUCUUGCGCCUGUCCCACCAGGACAGCUACCCCUUCGACGGGCCGGGGGGCAUGGUGGCCCACGCCUUCUUCCCCGGGGACCUGCAGCGCGCCGGCCACGUGCACUUCGACAGCGACGAGGACUGGACCUUCCGCUCGCCAGAUGACUAUGGGAUGGAUCUCUUUGCUGUGGCCGUACACGAGUUUGGUCACAGCCUGGGCCUGGCGCACUCGUCCUCCAAGCACUCCAUCAUGCGCCCGUAUUACCAGGGCCCGGUGGGGGACCCGCUGCAGUACCAGCUGCAGGCCGAUGACCGUGCGGACAUCCAGAGGCUCUACGGAAGCCCUGUCCUGCAUUCCACAGAGAAGCCGGAGGCAUCGUCGCUGCUCCCGGACCCGCCGUCCCUGCCCCAUGACUUCCCUGCCUUGAGGUCGGAGAAGGAGUUCCCGGAUCGCUGCUCCUCCAGCAUCGACGCCGUCGCCCAGAUCCGUGGGGAAACCUUCUUUUUCAAAGGUCAGUACUUCUGGCGUCUGACCCACGGGCGACACCUCACCUCCCUGCGCCCCGCCCUGAGCGCGGCUUUCUGGCGAGGCCUGCCCCGCAGCCUGGGCAAAGUGGACGCCGUUUACGAGAGGCACACGGACCAUCGGAUCCUCUUCUUCAGCGGGCCCCUCUACUGGGUGUUUAGGGACAACGGCGUGGAGGAGGGGUACCCGCGCCCCGUCACGGACUUUGGCCUGCCCCAGGGGGGAGUGGAUGCCGCCUUCUCUCGGCCGCACGACCGGAAAACCUACUUCUUCAAGGGCGGGCUGCAGUGGUCCUAUGAUGAGGCCCUGGGGCGCAUGGACGAGGGGUCCCCCACCCACACUGUGCUCGGGGGGCAGCUCCCCACCCCUGUGGACGACAUGCUGAGUGGGAGUGAUGGAGAGGUCUACGCCUUCAAGGGCAGGCAGUACUGGAAGCUGGAGAGGCACAGUCUCAAGCUGGAGAAGGGUUACCCUCGCUCCAUUGCCAGGGACUGGCUGGACUGCACCGGGGAGCUCUACCCGCCACUGAGCGCCCCCACCGGCCCCCCCACGGGAGCCAAGCUGCAGCCGGACGGGCGGGGCCCCCCGCUGGAGGUGGAGGGCUGCGUGUGCCCCAGCUCGGCUCCCCGGGCCGCGCUCGGCUGGCCGCUGGCCGCCCUGCUGCUGCUGCUGGGGGGCCUUGGCUAGGCUGCCAGCCGGGGCUGCCCACGCCCUGCGGACUAACCCUGGAGGCAGCAGGCCAGGCCAGGGCGCUGCUGGGGAACCCUGGGGAUGGGGGCGCGUCCCCGAAGGUCUCGGCGCUGCAGGCCGGGUUUCGGUGCAGGGGAUCUGCAGGGGUCUGAGCAUGCCCGCGAAUGCCCGUGAGUCAGGGCCUCCUCUGUCUGCGGGCAGUGGCAUGGGACGGGUCCCCGGGUGAGGGGCCGGGACGGGCUAGGCCACCUCCACUCUCCCCCGACGGCCUUCAGCCCCCCAUGGCUGGGCGGGAGGGCACCCAGAUGGCCCAGCUGGGCCCGCAUCAGCCAGGGCCUGGCCUCAGCACCUCGGCCAGGGCCUGUCAGCUGCACCCAGUGCAGGGGGCCGAGUGAUGGGCCCUUCGUGAUCCACUGACUAUGAUGCCAGCUCCUGCCACGGGGCACCAGCUCUCCAUCGCCCUGACUUCACCCUCCAUUACCCCAGCUCUCUGUCUCCUCAACUUCUGUGUCCCCAUCUCCCUGAUCCCCCCCUCCCCCCGACCAUUGCCCCAGCUGCCCCCCUCCACACCCCAUCUUGCCUCAGGUGCUCCCGGCACUGACCUGGGGGGCAGGAAUGGAGGGGGGCGGGGGUGGAUGCUCCACUCCAGCUUAACUUGUAGACCAGGAAGCUAUAUUAUACACCUGGGGCCUGGGCCUGCCCCACACCCUGCCAGCUCCCAGCCGGCCUCUGUGCUCUGGUGUUGGCGCUCGGCGCCCAGGGGCCCAAAUGACCCAGGAGCCCCGAGCAGCCGCUGCCACCUGCCCCGGGAUGGGACCCCGACCCUUCACCCUCCUGCCCAGAGUGGACUUGGGGUGGAAGGGUCGAAGGGGCCCCGGGGACUGCACCCUACUAGGGCAGAGCCUGUAUCUGCUCAGUGCUUCUCUUGCCUAGCCCAAGCCCUGCUGAGCCAGUGUGUUCGCACCCCCGUCCAUGGCCCCGGGGCUGCCCUCUGGCAUGGGGGGAGAGGUGAGGCCGGGCACAGGUGCGGGAGCAGCCGAGAGCUAGCACUCCUGUUAAAACCAUGCCAAUGGCUUGUGGUGCCCGUGCCCCAAGCUUUGAGCUGAGCUCCGGCCGGGGUCCCUGGCCCCAUAGUAAGCCCCCCGCCCCCUUUGAAGCUUCAGAGACAGGCCCCCAGGCUGCAAGGGGCAGGGCUAGAGCAGAGAGCCCCAUGGCCUCCGGUUGCUGGCUCCAGCCCCGGGCAGCCUCCCACGGGCAUCCGCAGCAACCGAACGUCGCUGGACUCUGCUAAACCCUGCCCCGCCUUCCCCAUGAGCUCCACAGUGCCCGUCCCCUCUCUCCGGCCCCUCUGCCUUAGCCCCCAUCUGCUGAGCAGCCGUGGUCUCCCGCAGUCCUCUGCCAAACCCUGCUCAGCCUCUUCCCAGCCGGGAGAUGCUACAUUAGCUCCGGAGCCCCUUCUGCAUCCGUGCCUGGGAGACGCCCUCCGAUCCCUCGCUUCGGGACUCCUUGUUCCCCAUGUCCCUCCCCAUGGGUGGCUGUUGUCCUGCAGCCAGGAGCUGCCAGCACUGCUUGGCGCCGGGGCUGAGGGGGAAAAUGGCACCGUGCCCUGUUCUGGUCCUUGCCCUUCCAAAUCUCUCUCCACCCCCCACCCCCCUGAGGGCAGAGCAAACGCCCC